AUGACAGUGGAAAUGGUAUAUACAAAGGUAGCAAAGGUAUUUCCUCAGUUAUUUGGGGACAAUGAGACCCAGAUAUUCGGUUUGUGGACGGCUGAUGGAUUUAAAGAAACAGGAUGCUAUAACAUGCUUUGCCCGGGAUUUGUGCAAUUCCACUCUGAAUACUCUUUUGGAGAACAUAUUAAAGCUGGUACCUAUGGAGAAAGCGGAAACUGGUGGUUCAUCAAUGGUAUAGACAAUGCAAAGAUAGGAUACUGGCCAAAAGAGAUCUUUACUCAUUUAGAAAGCAAUGCAUCAGUGAUUGCAUAUGGAGGGGUUGCAGGAGCUGAUAUCGGAAAACUCACUCCACCAAUGGGACAUGGGCACUUGCCCGUUUUUGAUUCUAGAUAUAUGUGUUGUAUGCAGUCUAUGAAAGUCGUUAAUGAUCGAGGAAAUCAUGUAAACUUUGAUACAUCAAAGGUGCAACUGAAUCGCGAUACAAAAUCUAGUUGUUACGAUCUUAUUUUUCCCGGUAGUGAUAUUUUACUUGGGAUAUUAAUGUUUUUUGGAGGACCACGCGGUGAUUGUCCCCAGUAA